CCAGUCUCUUGCUGGGUGAGAGGGACAGUAACCCAGCAGUUUUCCCAAGAACACUGCGUGCGGUUUAUCCAAUCUGUACCAUCAGAUGGCAGGUCUGGCUGCACUCUCACACAGUGAAUGGUGCCUGGCAUCUCUUCCCGUUCUCUGUUUGCCUUAGCUGACGAUCUGUUAUAAUAAUAAUAAUAAUAAUAAUAAUAAUAAUAAUAAUAAUAAUAAUAAUAAUAAUAAAAUACGGAGCAAAGUAAUCGAGGCAAUGAACCCGUCAGCUGAAAAUGUUCAUCAGCAUCUUAUUUUCCAGAAGUACCCAAUUUAGCUUCAGCGAUCCCGGACAGGAGCUGGUUUCCUCAGCUGUUUAUCUUUCUGUCUCGAUGGCACGCUGCUGCUUCUUCUCUUGAUAUAGCGGUGAGGAACCACACAUCUAACGGAGGUUUAGCUGUCUUUCUCCUGCCAUCAUUCCCACAUGCUAACGGGGGAAAUAAAAGCAAAAAAAAAAAAAAAAAAAAAAACUAUUUCAUCCAUCUACCGGGAGCAUUUAUCUUUAGUCGGGGGAGCGACAAAUACUCUUUAUUAUAUAGCCGUAAAUAAUGAUACAAAUCUUUGUUUCGUGUAUUGGAGAUAUUGACAACAUUCUGGUGAAGAAAGAAUUUGGACAUUUGUAUGGAGCUUCAACCAGACAUUCUUCCCUCGGUCACCUUUUUUUUGCAAAGGAACUGGAUGUUUGCAUUGUUUUGGUAAUGGAAAAUAAAAAAGGAAGACUUGUUAUGUUUUGAAGAAACAGUGACUUCCUUUACUCCUGGGCCACUUUUUUGCAAGGUACGGGAUCUUUACAUUGUGUUGGGAUAAAAAAAGGAAAAUAAAAAAGGAAGACUUGUUAUUUUUGAAGAAACAUUGACUUCCUUUCCCUCUGUCUUACUGGUAAUAUUAGCGUGAUUAACUACAGUACAGCGAGACGCAAAAAGCAACUAAAGCCUGACAAAGAAUACUGGCUAUUGUAUUUACAGAAGUUUGAUGGUUUUGCACCGCUGCUGGGUGGUUAAUGAUUGCGAAGAGGGUGUAAAGCUAUGAGAAGAAGACGGGCUGUAAUUGAUGAAUGUUUGGUAAUGAGAAGGUCCUAGUGCAUGUUGGUUGCACAGAGCGUUCCAUUUCAAACAGAUUCGUCUCACAGGUGUUUGUGGGACCAGAAGGCAAAUUGGACCAUUUGGAGUUACGGUGAUCCACGUGGGACAUUAAACGCCCGAGUGGAGCUUUUAACAAUGGGCUGCUGCAGUGGGAGAUGCACACUUGUCUUUAUAUGUGGCAUACAACUGGUCUGCAUAUUGGAGCGGCAAAUAUUUGACUUCCUUGGUUACCAGUGGGCACCGAUCCUUAUAAACUUUGUGCAUAUUAUUACAGUGAUACUUGGCCUCUUUGGAACAGCCCAGUUCAGACCAAGAUAUGUAACUGGGUAUGCAGUCUGGCUGGUCCUCUGGGUCGCAUGGAAUGUGUUUGUUAUCUGCUUCUACUUAGAGGUCGGAGACCUUUCAAAGGAUACAGACCUAAUUAUGACAUUCAACAUGUCCAUGCAUCGUUCUUGGUGGAUGGAAAAUGGACCCGGGUGCAUGGUGACUCCAGUGACCCCAGCUCCUGACUGGGCACCAGAGGACCAUCGCUACAUUAGUAUCUCAGGAUGCUUGUUGGAGUACCAAUAUGUAGAAGUAGCUCACAGUACCCUUCAGAUUAUCCUUGCACUUGCUGGAUUUAUCUAUGCCUGUUACGUUGUGAAAUUAAUUACUGAAGAAGAAGAUAGCUUUGAUUUCAUAGGAGGAUUUGAUUCUUAUGGUUAUCAGGGCCCUCAGAAGACCUCACAUUUGCAACUACAGCCUAUGUAUAUGUCAAAGUAAGCCAGGUGGCUGCCUUAAGAAAAAAACAAAAAAACAAAGAAUAGUGACCUUCUGUGUUUCGCUUAUAUGUCUUAAAAAAAUGCUACAGUGUCUUAACUGAUUUAAGAAAGAAAAAAAAAAGAUCCUGUGGUUUAACCUCAAUGACUAAAAAAGAAUGCACUGGACUUUCCUUUGUCUGUACACAACAAGCAAGUUAAACUAGGUGGACUUGAGAGGAUCCAGUAGAAGAGUGCCCUCCUGAUGCAUGGUCCUUGCUGUACCUAUAUCUCCAGUCUGUCUGUGCUGCUUUCAAUCAAAUAACCGAAAUUUAAGGUCAUUAGUUAUAUUGAUUUUAUGAAGCAAACCUUUUUUUUGUUGUUGUUGUUGUAGCUUGAGUAAUACUAUAAGUGCCAAGGUGUAUUAAAGGGUAAAGGAUUAAUGAAUGUCUUUUAGGCAAAAAUAGUCUUGGUUUAAACUGUACUAAACCAAAAAAGGUUUUCAAGGUGAAGUCCAAUAGCAACAGACAAGUCCAUACUGACUAGUUAAGUGCACCUUUCAGACAUUUUCUCUAUUUUCAGUGGCCAAAACAAUAUCUUGCCUAAGAUUGCAUAAAAUAUGUAAAGCAUUAAAAGUGCACACAAUUUCCGAAGCAAGCCUGCUAUAAAUUAGAUGUGAAACCGUGGGUGAUUCACAGUUUCUCUGCAUUGGGUAAUACACAUCAUUGUGUGAUGUUGCAAACGAGUGCACAGACAUGCCUGGUGGAAUAACCAAGGGAAAAAAUGAAUUUAUAUUAACAGGCCAACAUAGUGGUCUUUUAUAGUUAUAAGUUUAUUAAUAUACUGUGUAAGUGAACCUUUUUUCUUACAGCUGUAAAAAAAAAAUGUAUUUGUAUUAGUAAUUUCAUAUGGUGUUAAGAGGCAGAGUAGUGUGUGAUAGAGUGUGUAUUUUAUCUUCCAUGUGCUGUGGCUGAAAAUUGUGCUUUGUGUAGUGGGUGGCACGAAACCGUGAAGAGCUGAAGAGUAGCUCUUUGCACUUGUCUUCUCCUCCAGGGAUCUCUUUCCAUGUACAGUGGCUUGCGAAAGUAUUGACCCCCCUUGGCAUUUUUCCUAUUUUGUUGCCUUACAACCUGGAA